GCAGAAGCUCCAUCCAUCGCAACGACUGCUGCUUACUGCUGCAACUGGGGAAGCACCACCACCACCACCACGAUCCACGGUCCACGACGUAGUCCAGUGUGUAGUGCGAUAAUCCUACAGCCCACCUUGAGGUAUCCCCGGAAACGACGUCCACGAAUACUCCCGAGUCAGAUCCCUCACCACCACAUCAACCGAGUUCGAUCCCCAAAACUUAAUACAAACCGAUAUUCACAAUGGCGGCAAGAGGGUUGGACAUGAUCACCAAGUUCGCCAUCCCGGCAACUGUUGGUGUGGCUCUUCUCCAAAACUCCAUCUACGACGUCAGAGGUGGUUCGCGGGCGGUUAUCUUCGACAGAGUUGCCGGUGUGAAGGACACGGUCGUUAACGAGGGCACACACUUCCUCAUCCCAUGGCUGCAGAAGGCCAUCAUCUUCGAUGUUCGCACCAAGCCUCGCAACAUCCCUACCACCACCGGCUCCAAGGAUUUGCAGAUGGUCAGCUUGACGCUCAGAGUGCUGCACCGUCCUGAGGUGCAGGCUCUGCCCAAGAUCUACCAGAACCUCGGCCCAGACUACGACGAGCGUGUCCUCCCCUCCAUCGGCAACGAGGUACUCAAGUCCAUCGUCGCCCAGUUCGACGCCGCCGAGCUCAUCACGCAGCGUGAGGCCGUCUCGCAGCGCAUCCGCGCCGACCUCGUCAAGCGCGCCGCCGAGUUCAACAUUGCGCUCGAGGAUGUUUCCAUCACCCACAUGACCUUUGGCAAGGAGUUCACCAAGGCCGUCGAGCAGAAGCAGAUUGCGCAGCAGGAUGCCGAGCGUGCGCGCUUCAUCGUCGAGCGUGCCGAGCAGGAGCGCCAGGCCAACGUCAUCCGCGCCGAGGGUGAAGCCGAGAGUGCAGAGACCAUCAGCAAGUCUAUUGCCAAGGCUGGCGAUGGUUUGAUCCAGAUCAGAAAGAUUGAGGCGUCGAGGGAGAUUGCCCAGGUGUUGGCUGCCAACCCCAACGUGGCGUAUCUGCCCGGAGGUGGCAAGGGGACAAAUCUGUUGAUGAACGUUGGCAGGGCAUAAACGGGAGCAAUCAGUAAGGGAAAGAGACGAAGAUGGUCCUGCAGAAAGGGGACCAGGAUACCUAGGCUACGGAGGUAAAGGGAGGUAAUGACCAAAAUGGGACUGUAUUAUUAUGAUAUGAGCAUUGUGUAUCUUCCCCGCUUAGGCACUUGUUACAAUAGGAGCAUGUUUGAACUUG